AUGCCUGGCAAGACUCCUGAUAAGGAACCCGUCGAGAACGGCGGCUAUCGGGGAGGGAAGGACAUUGACAUGAAGGACAAGGAUCUGAAACCCAAGGGCAAGAAGGCCAGCAAAAAGGAGGGUGACGACGAGAUGACGGUCGUCGUUCCGCCCUCAAAGACACAAUCCUCGGCCCCUCCGCCAAACGAUGCCGAUGGCGAUAUUUCUAUGGAUGAUUCGGAUAAGAUGGGCGAUGAGGUCAAGGUUGAUCCCGUAGUCCAAACCAUGAACGCAGAUAUCAAGAGCAAUUUCGCCCUCCUAGACCGCGCCGUUGCGCUUUUCGACGCGAGAUUUUCCCUCCGCGCUCUUCGGUCCAUUUCGUCGAUCCGGAAACGGCUGACUCCGGAUAUCUUGGCCCAAGUCGUUUCAGAAACUUACCCCUCGUCUUCACCCAGCAGCAGCUUUGCGAGGCAGAUUUUGGUGAUGGUCGGACGGCCGGACAUGUCCCUGGGCCGUCAACCCGGCCCGGAGAUGGAGAUUGACAGCGAGCCCAAGGCCGCCGGCAAGAACGGCGCGAAGAAGGAGGUCAAGGAGGUGAUUCCUGAGAUUGACGUUUUCCUUGGUAUCCUCACACAGGUUCUUCUGCACGACAGCAAGGCGUUCCAGAAGGGAUUUGAGUUCUCGAGCUAUCUGGUUGAUCGGAUCCGGUCUCUCAGCCGCCGCACGCUCGACAGUCUCUCUGCUAAGGUGUAUUUCUACUACUCUCUGUUCGCUGAGCAGAUAAGCCCUAUGCCGCCGUCUUCUCAAUCGCCAAUUGUCUCGAUCCGGCCGGCCCUUCUUGCCGCCCUCCGCACUGCCGUCCUCCGCAAGGAUGUGGACACACAAGCUUCCGUUAUUGUCCUUUUGCUCCGAAACUACCUGCUCACCUCACAUAUCGCCCAAGCCGAUCUCCUGGUCUCGCACACGCAGUUCCCGGAGAAUGCCGCAAACAACCAGGUCGCCCGCUUUCUGUACUAUCUCGGCCGCACCCGCGCCAUCCAGCUCCGCUACACCGAGGCUCACGAGCACCUGACGGCUGCGACGCGGAAAGCCCCCUCUAGCGCUUGCGCUCUCGGCUUCAGCCAGACGGCGACCAAGCUUCUUCUCGUCGUGGAGCUGCUCAUGGGCGACAUUCCCGACCGCGCGACCUUCCGACAGCCAAACAUGGAGACGGCGCUGCACCCGUACUUCCUUCUCGUGCAGGCUGUCCGCGUUGGCAACCUGGAGGAUUUUGAGACGAUCAUUGCGGACCACGCAGACACGUUCCGCCGCGACGGCACCUACACGCUCAUCCUGCGCCUGCGCCAGAACGUGAUCAAGACGGGCAUCCGCAUGAUGAGCCUGAGCUACAGCCGGAUCUCGCUGCGCGACAUUUGCAUCCGCCUGCACCUGGGCUCCGAGGAGAGCGCCGAGUACAUUGUUGCCAAGGCGAUCCGUGACGGCGUCAUCGAGGCGACGCUGGACCGCGAGAGGGGUUUCAUGAAGAGCAAGGAGAUUGGAGACGUCUACGCGACGCGGGAGCCGGGCGAGGCCUUCCACGACCGUAUCCGCGCGUGUCUCGCGUUGCAUGACGAGAGUGUCAAGGCCAUGAGAUUCCCCAUGAACCAGCAUCGCCUCGAGCUAAAGAACGCCCAGGAGGCCCGCGAGCGCGAGCGGGAGAUGGCCAAGGAAAUUCAGGAGGGCGAUCUGGACGAGGACGACCUCGGCGGCGAGUUCGAGGGCAUGUAA